GUGGCUGUAUGGGAAACAGUUUUGCUUGUUCUAUGCAUUUUGUGGGGUGCUCUUUGGGAUCUGCAGUCUCUCAACACUGACAUUACUGAGCACUGUGUGCUGCCUCAAAAUUUGUUUUCCAGCUUAUGGGAACAGGUUCAAGAGAGAACAUGGACAAAUCUUGAUAGCCUGUGCUUGGACUUACGCAGCAGUUUUUGCCUGUUCUCCCCUGGCUCACUGGGGAGAAUACGGAGCGGAGCCCUACGGCACAGCCUGCUGCAUUGACUGGCGUUCCACCAACGUAAAUUCCGUGGCCAUGUCUUACAUCGUAGUCCUCUUUGUUUUCUGUUUUGUCCUCCCUUGCGGAGUCAUUGUCACUUCCUACUCUCUUAUUCUGGUAACUGUGAAGGAAUCCAGGAAAGCAGUGGAACAACACGUCUCCGGGCCCGCCAGGAUAAGCAACGCGCAAACUGUUACUGUCAAGUUGAGUAUUGCCGUGUGCAUUGGAUUUUUUGCUGCCUGGAGCCCUUACGCCAUCAUUGCCAUGUGGGCAGCUUUUGGAUCAAUAGAUAAGAUUCCUCCAUUAGCCUUUGCUGUGCCAGCUGUCUUUGCAAAGUCCUCCACACUCUACAAUCCAGUUAUCUAUCUCCUCCUGAAGCCAAAUUUCCGAAACACCAUCGCCAAAGAUUUCACAGUUCUUCAAGAGUUAUGCAUCAGGAAUUGUUUUCGUGUCAAGGCACUGCAGAACUACAGAUCAACUUUGAACACAAGCCUGAGAACAUUUAAGGGCAAAAAUGAAUCCAACUGUAAUUCUCUGCCAAUUGUGGAAGAAUGUCCUUAUUUCCCGCGUGAAAAGCACAGUGAUGCUUUUGAAUGCUUUCAAAACUAUCCAAAAUGCUGCCAGGAGAGGCUAAGCGCUAUGGAAUGCCCUCCUCAAGAAACUGUGUCCUUGGAGAGCAACCUCCAAACAAAAGUGAGACAGAAGUCAGUAAAGGUGGUUGUGCAGGGAGAAAAAAGCACUGAAAUCGAUACCUUGGAAAUCACCUUGGAAGCAGUACCUGUGCAUCAUGCAUUUACAGACCUCUAG